AGCACUUUAGCACCGAGGGCCUGAUCGAGUUCCACGCUGUGCUCUUCGUGCCCUGGCGAGCCUCUUUCGACCCGAAGGAGACCACGAAGAAGCGCAACACCAUCAAGCCGUACGAUCGCCAUGUGUUCUUCACGGAUGUGCACACGAUCUUGCCUGAGUGGCUCCACUUUGUGAAGGGCGUAGUGGACUCCGACAUUAUGCCGCGGAACAUCCAUUGCCAGACUCCGCAGCAGAACAGGAUCAUGCGUGCGAUCCGAAAGAACCUCGUCAUGCAGUGCCUGGGCAUGCUCAAGGAGAUCACCGCGCAGCAGGAAGACUACGAGCAUUUCUAUGAGCAGUACGGCCAGCGCCUCAAGCUCGGCGCGCACGAGGAGUCGACCAACCGCACCGAUCUCGCGGAGGAGCGAAUGGACUACACGUAUGAGGGCCCAGAUGACAUGGACGAGGAGCUGAUGUGCCACAACACCCCGACGUCCAGGGACGAGAGCAGCUGUCCGAAGGAGCGCGAGAUCGUUCACACACGUUACGCUGGCACGGAUGCGCCCUCCAUGACCGACUCCAGCGAUGAGUUCAUCCCUGCUGUCAUCCGCGACACCAUUAGCCAGGCCAUCGCCACCGAGAUGACCCGCCACACCGGCACCAGCGAGGAGAUCGUAAUCUUGGCCGUCGAGCGCGCGUACGACACCACCGUCUCUCACCCAUUCUGGGAUCAGGUCGGCGCGCUGAUGGCUG